UUGAGUCCCACUCCACUUCACCACGCACGCGCGCGCAUGGCCGUCACGGCGUGCGCCUACGGCCACGACGGCGGCCGCCGGCCACCGUCUAUGGGUCCGUUCGACGACGACGACGACCGAGGCCGCCACUGUCCCAUCUUCCACGACCAGUGUUGCAUCAUCCACGGCGUCGUCAUGCCGCCUCCGCCUCCCCCUGCCCUGCCUCCUCCGCCGCCGCCGCUCUUCGGCCUCCAUUCGGGCCGCGCCAGCUCCAAGGCGGCAGCGUCCCGCCACCCUGGCCUCUGCACCGAGGGCCUCGGCUCCGAGAGCUCCGAGAGCUCGGGCGACCUCGACCUCGCCGGCAUCGUGGCCGACGACGACGACAUUGAAGACUGCAAGACUCAGCAGCAGGGGCACUCCGACGACGACCAAGAGGAGACGCCGGCGCCGGCAAAGGCAAGGGGCGGCCAGAGGGUGUUCCCGCCGCCCAUAUCGGUGAUCGGCGCCGCCGGGAAGCCGUGGCAGUACCUGAGGGCGCAGCGUGGGGGCGGCCGGCUGGUGCUGCGGGAGGUGAGGAUACCGUCGCGGGAGCUGCUCCACGCCUGCCGGGAGGACGGCCGCCUCAAGCUCCACUUUGCACACCCGGAGCAAGAUGAUGAUCAGGAAUGCAACAACUAGGAGACUGCAAGAGCACUCAAAAGCCACAACAAAACAGGGUCCUAAGAGUUUCUUGGUUUAAUAAGUUUGUUUGAUUGAGUUGUCAUCGUCAAAGAGUCCUAAGAGUGCCAUGGCCAUGACACUGUCCUUCCUAAACUAAAGAGAUGUAAAUAUCGAAACAAAAUUGGUCAGUUUUUGCAUCCAUCAUAGUCAAUCUACUGCUACUUCCUCUUCAAUCUGUCUGUCGAAAGAAGCAGAUGCACGGGUCAAGGAUUCAGUUACAAGAAUCGACAAAAGAAAGGCGCGUUUGUCCUCGACAUAGUUGCAACGAUGCUCCCCAGCUAAGGAUGAGCGUGUAUACAGGCUGCAAAGCACUCUAGCUAGGCUCACAAGAACCCUGCCUGCACUUGGUUUGAUGAAAAAGUAAUACAGCACAUGUGACAGUUGGUUGAUAGGUCUACAUUACAGCCAAAGCAAAUGGUAUAUAUAUC